AGCGUAGCGGAUCGAGGCUAUAUAAUGGGCUAUUUGUAAACACUGUCACAACUGCUACACGGCGCAAGGGGAGUUGUUGUUUACACUAAUUUACAGUCGAAGUUGUUGGAUUAUCAUUGUUUUCUGCUGUUAUUUCCCUAUUUAUUUACGUGAAGAUGCCCUACGAUGGGCAACACGAAAAGCAAGAAGUACAAGCUAAACAAUCCUAUUCGAAAAAUCGCCAAAAAGUUUGGUUACAUGAAAUCGCAGGAUAACCUGAAUCAACCUCCCUCGGAAGCAUUUGUUAGAAAGUGGAAUCGAACCUCUCGAAGGCGAUGGCAUCAUGACGGGGCUGUUGAUCGUUAUGCCGCAUCAAAGACUGCUUGGCCAGUGCCGCUGGUUGAAUCGUUGUUUCUACCAGAUUAUGAAAUCAAAGCAGAGCAGGAACUUGAUGACUUUGAGGUUCUUGAUGUUAUAGCCAGAGGAGCCUUUGGAAAUGUCCUAAAGGUUCGGCGAGAAGAUGACAAGAAGUUAUAUGCAGUUAAGGUGCUGACGAAGUCUCAAGUCAUUGUGGAGGGUGCAGUCAAACAGAGUAAAGAUGAAGCUACGAUACAGUGUGUUCUUGGCAAUCAUCCUUACAUUGUCCAGGCUCAUUGGUACUGGCAGAGCAGGAAGUUUUUGUACAUAGUAUCAGACUACAUCCCAAAUGGAGAAUUGUUCACGUUAUGGAAAUACCAUGGUGCAUUUUCAGAGAGACUAGUCAAGCUCUAUGUGGCUGAGAUGGCUUUGGUUUUAGAUUACCUCCACACUUCUGGUGUUGUAUAUAGAGAUAUAAAGAUGGAGAAUAUCUUGCUAGAUGAGGAAGGUCAUCUCCAAGUGAUCGAUUUUGGCCUUGCUAAGUGGUUGUCAAAGGGGAACAGGACAAGAACGAUAUGUGGUACGCUACAAUAUAUAGCUCCUGAGAUCCUGUCCUUACAGCCGUACGCCCACUCGUGUGAUUGGUGGUCAUUAGGGAUCCUCAUGUAUGCAUUGCUCACUGGAGAGUACCCAGUGGGUGGUGCGCGAAACCAUAAAGACAUGGCUGACCGCAUGAAACAGUGUGACUACGACAUACCAGAAUAUCUCCACUGGGACACAAGAGCUGUGCUAGAGAAACUGCUGAUGAAGGACCCUGCUUUUAGAAUUACGAAUGCUAACGCCCUGCAGAGAAUGGCCUACUUCCAGGAUGUGAACUUCAGGAGUGUACAGGAACGAUUGUAUUCACCUCGUCAGUUUUAUACCGAAGAAGAUUUGAAUAUGUUCCCUGGUGAUGAUUACAUGAGAGAACAUAUACAGAUGAGGGAUUCAGAGAUACUGCUGCUUAACUUUUGAUGGAUCUACGAUUCUUCUCAUGGUCACGAGAUACGAUCGAGUCGAUAUGAUGUGUUCAACUUGCGGGACAAGUCUUCAGGAUCUCAACCUUAGGUGCUAUCGUAGCUGUAACGCCAUGCUUUUCGACUUUGAUAACUUCGACUAUCAAAAACAAUAAUGGGAGUGAUCAGGUAGCUCCUCACUUGUUCCCGAUGCAUUCGAUGACUCGGGGCAAAAAUGGACUGUGUUGAAAUUUACGGAAUGUGUUGGGGAGGAGGUUUGACAGAUAUGUGAGGAACUUAAAAAUGUAUGGUACCUUCUCCAUUGGCGCCGAGUUUUGGUCAGGAAUGUGAAAUAAAUCCAUCUGAAAGCUUGUGGAUUAUCCGCAGAGUUCAAUAUAUUCUGCUAUAUGAAAAUGAGUAGAUCACUGUUCAUCGCAUUCAUCGCAUUCUGAAAUUGCCUGGAAAUGUGUUUCCUCUUGCCAAAAUUUGCUGCAUUUUCAUUCUUUUCUUCACGUUUGCUCCCUGGAUUGGUCUCUUUGAAUAUAUCAAGUAAUGUCAGUACAUGUAUUUAUAAACUCCAUGUUCCAUUUCUGCACAUUUUGGCAAGAGACAGGAUACAUUUCAAGGGUUUAAUACAGUGGAAUAGAUAUGUCAGUUCUUGUAUAAGUCUCAUUUCAUCAACCAGCUUUCGGACAUUUUACACUAACAUUAGUGCUUGCACUGCUUAUGCCACACGGCCCUGGGUAUUCGGAGGUAUAACAAACAUCUGAAUCUAUUUCCUUGAAAGCUUUUUGAACUGUCUUCCGGCAUCAUUGUAGGUUAAAUACUUCCGUAAUAAGAUUGGUUAAACUAUUGUACCAUCUGUGUUUAAGGCACCAAAUUCAUGUCUGUAUCAUCAACUACACAGCGAUUCCAUGUGUCGAUGUGAAAGUUGUGACUGAAAGUCUUCUCUAUACGUUCUUUCCUGUCUUUAUUAUUGUGUACAGUGAAACUUCCUAUAGCGAAUAUCUCUGUUAAUACCAGGACACCCUCUAUUAAGGACACUGAUUUUGGUCACAAAUGGGUCGUUCUAUACAAUCCCACCUCUGUAUUAAGGACAGUAUCAUCUGUCAGUCCCAAUUGUGUCCUUAAUAGAGAAGUGCUACUGUAAUAUUUUGGUAAAAAGUCUUCUCAUCUCUCAGGAACAUCAUAUUUUGUAUAGGCACAAGAGAAAAUACUGAUCAGUUUAGGAAUUUGUAUAUGUUUGAUCAUCUGUAAAUCAUACUGCUUAUCUGUAAACAAUUUGACAUAUCUGUAAAAAAUCUAAGAUGUUAGUUUGCAAAGUUAGCAUAAAGUAUGUAAUUUUCCUCUGUAUCAUGUUCGACUUCAUCUUCAUACGUGUACAUCGAAAAACUGAAGAAAAACUAAUUUAUGUCUGUAUUAUGGUUUUAAUCAACCUGUAUGUCCUUCUAUCUACAUAGAAUGACACAUUUUUUGAAUUGAAAAUAUUAGAGAUACUGGUAGCCAGCCUCUUUGCUAGUCUAGGCAUACAUUGUGUUAAAAGUUUGAUCUUUGUGGUUCCCAAAGGUCGAAAUGUUCUAGAAAGUAUUCUUUUAUGUUAGAUUUCAUAUGUGUGUAUGGAUUCCUGUGCUUAACUGCUUUUUGCUGUAGAUCUCGAUGUGAUUUUUCAUAUACAUGUUUUUGUGUCAAUGUCUGAUAAUGCUUGCUUUAUGUAUCUGCUGCACCAAGUCAGAGAAUCGUCAGUAUAGUUCUGGCCAGGUUACCGGUGAUCAGAAAUGAUAGUUUUCUCAAAUUUUUCAAGAACUUGAACAAAAUGUAGUAUCCCUUUUCUUGUUUGGCCUCUCGAGAGAGCUAGAAUCGAUUCUAGAUCCAAACUAUCAAAUUAGUGAGGCAGGCUAAUCAUUUAUAAAUUGCCAAUGAUGUUAUUCAUCUGUACACCAUAGCAUCCCUUUGGCAUGCAGCCAAAAUCUUCUGGCUAAUUAGCAAUGUUAAUUAGCGCAAUGUAAUGGGUCAUUCAUCUUGAAGUCUCCGCAAAAACUGGUAGGGAGAGUCUUCAUUUGCUUUGCCUCCAACAAAUAUUCACACCGCCAAGCUUUACUCAUGAUCACUAUUGUCAUUGUUCUCAUCGCUGAGUUAGCCUCAACACCUUCAACGCCGAACCUUCGAGGCCCUUAUCCCCCCUCCCUUUGAGCUGGUUAUCGGAGUCUCAUGGACUUCAUGAAAGAACUACGCCAUCGCCAUCUUCAGGGCAAGGUAGGAACUGAAAGAAGAGGGUCUUUCCAGUUCCUACCUUGCCCUGAAGAUGGCGAUGGCGUAGUUCAGGGCACGGGAGGAACUGAAAAGACCGUUUGGCCCACGUAGAUCUACGUGGUUUGGCGCUGAAGGUGUUAAUGGACUAUAAACAACAUUGUAAAUUUUAUUGUAAAUAUAUGACAUUGUAAAUAAAUAACUUUUAUUAA